AUGUCAUUUAAAUUACUGCAAUUUUUAAUGGAAAAAGGCUCGAGCUAUAAAAGAGUUUUAGAGAUCUUCCAGAAGAUAUGCAAAGAAAAAGAAAAAACGAUGAGAAAAUACUCACUCCCCCCCCUUUAAAUUGGAACUAAAAAUUUUGUUCCAAUUUAAAGGGGGGUUAAGAAAAUUUUUUAAAAAAAAAUCAUUAUAAAAUUUUUUAUAAAAAAAAAAAAUUCAAAAAUUUAUCGAAUUAGAUUAAUAAAUUUGUUUAAUAAAAUGCUAUUUACUCUUUAUCCUUUAAAACAAAGCAAGAUAUAACUAAAAUUUCAUUAUCAAUUAAUACGCCACUAUUAAUUGGUAUCAAAACUAUUUACACAAAAAUUAUUAUUUUUAUUGAUAAAAAAAAAUUAAAAACAAAAAAUUUUAGAAAAUUUAUCGAUCAAAGUGCUAAUUUUGUUUAAAUAAGAUGCUAUUUAUACUAUAUUCUUUAAAUAAAGCAAGAGAUAAGUAAAUUUUGAAUUUUUGUAAAGAAUUCGUAUUGGAUUUAUAUCAAAGCUAUUUAUAUAAAAAAUAUCAUUUUUAUCAAAAAAAAAAAAAAUUUUUUUAAAAAUUUUUUUAAAACAAAAAAUUUAAAUUGUUUUUAAAAAUUUACAAUUAAGGAUAAUAAAUUUAUUUAAAUAAGAUGCUCUUUAUACUCUAUUCUUUAAACAAGAGCAGGAUAUAACUAAAUUUUUAAUUUUAGUUAAGAAGAAACAUUUAAAUUAUAUCAAAACUUUUUACAUAAAAAUUAUGAUUUAUAUAUAUAAAAUUUUUUAUUAUAAAAUUAAAUUUUGUUCCAAUUUUUAAGGGGGUUAAUUUACCAAAAAAGUGGAAAUUUUACCUAUAUUUUGUUCCAAUUUAAAGGGGGGGGAGUCAGAGAAGAAUAGUGAAGUAAUUAAAGUAAAAACAGAGAAAUUACCUUUGUUUUUGUAUGAUUUGAUAGGACAAGAAAAACCGUUUAGCCGAACAUCAAAAUCAAAGCUAGAAACUUCUGUCUCUAAAACGCCUGAGCCAAGCAAUCGAACUGCAAAUAAAAUUAUAAGGGAAACAACCCCUAAAGAAACAAAAUUGAGAUCAAGUUUAACUUAUAAAGAAUUCAAAGAUACCCACAAUUCAAGUUUUAGAUUAAAACAGGAACUUAAACUGAAUACUAAGAUAAAUAACAUAAAAAGCACAGAGCUAUCACAAUCAAUGCCGAGACCUAGUCCUGAUAUUAAUUUAAAUAGAACAUUCACUUGCCCUAAAAAAGCGAAAACAUUAAGGCUCAACAAAUUGAUUACCCAAUCUCUUCUGUCUUCAGGAAGACCUCUAUUUCCUCAUGCAACCAAAUUUAAAAAUGAGUUCAUAGAGAAAUAUGUUUGUAAUUAG